AUGUCCCAUUUUCGCUAUGGAUAUGGACAACGACCCAAUGAGCAGGUCAGGCCCGUUAAUCCUGAAAUCCGUCAGUACUUCGAUCCCGACCUACCAGUCUAUGGCCCUUGGAAACUUUGGCAAACCAAGCCAGAGCUUCCUUCGACCGAAGAAAUCCUCGGGACAGAUAUACCGGGAGACUUCGUUGCCCUUACCCCGAAUUGCAUCUCGGAGCCUUGGGGUUCCAAGGAGGAAUACCUAGAGGCCCAUUACGCAUUGAUCCGAGAAGACUCGAUUGCACCACUUCGAAAUGCCGUGGCCAGGGUUCGCGCUGAUCCUUUUAUGAAAGAUACUCCAGACAUUUCUAUCUACGAAAAGGUCUUCGUUGUCGGUGUUACCCUAGCCCGCGCGGGUUUGGCGCUGCACAUCCAAUUCUCUACUCGCCGCGCGGGCAAAAACAUUGCCUGGACAUACUCUAACCGCCUUAAUCCUGGGACAAUUGUUGCUCUAACCCCUAAGCAUAAUGCAUUCUUGAGCAAGUGUGUUGUCGCCGUCGUGGCUUGUCGCCUGCUGGAAGCGGUCGAUCUCUUUUUGGCCUCGCCCAACGAUAUCGAGGUUGAUCCACAGCAAGAAUGGAUCAUGGUUGAGUCUCGAGCGGGAUAUUUUGAGGCCAAUCGACAUACCCUGACAGCACUGCAAAAGUUAUCAAAGGAAAGUUUUCCCUUGAACGAACAAAUCUGCAGCUUGGCAGGAGACAUUGAUGCACCGGGAUACAUUAACACAGAGCCAUGCAUGGACUUCACGCCAUUAUCUGAAGCCUCUGUACUCGAUAUCACCACAAAAUACGACAUCCUCAAGCGAUGGCCCUCUCAGCCAAUGGGAAAGCUAGAUGCAUCCCAAUGGUCAGCCCUAAACCGAAUGUUGACAAAAAAGCUGGCCAUCAUUCAGGGCCCUCCUGGAACAGGAAAGACCUUUACCUCCAUCGCUGCUCUAAGGAUGAUGCUCUCAAACAAAGGGCCAAAGGAUCCUCCGAUCAUUAUAGCUGCUCAAACUAACCAUGCCCUCGAUCAACUGAUCAAGCAUAUCUCCGUAUUUGAGAAGAACUAUGUCCGGCUGGGUGGAAGGACUUCCGAUCCUGAAAUUCGCAAGCGCACCCUUUAUGAGAUCAGACAGAACCAAGGUCUAUUGACAAUUGAGGGAGGUUUAAUGACUCCAAUGAGGAAGAAACAGAACAAGCUCGCGGCCGAGCUCGAUAAGCUGCUACAACCACUUGCGCCAUCAAACAACAACAAGCCUCUUGCAGCAUCUCUAUUUCUGGAGCAUGGUCUUUUGAGCCAAGGGCAGGUUGAAUCUUUGCAAGAAACAGCACAUAAAUGGCAGCAAUCCAAUCUCCCCGCAAAUGCUGACCCUUUGGCGGCUUGGCUUUCAGACUGCGUGAGGGAGUUCGACUCCGAAUACGCCGGUGACUUUGGCCUCGCUGAUGAUGAUAUCGACCUGGAGUACGAGCAACUAAAGGAGAUCGAAGUCGAACACGGAAGAUAUGAAGAUGACUGGUCGGCUUUCAAAACCCGUUUUUUCCCACUGUCUCCUGGUCUUUGCAGCUCCAACAGUGCCAAGGUCUCUCGGAUGACGCUUGAACAUCUGCUUAAAGAGAAAGACUUUUACAAAAUUCACAAGAGGUACCGCGGUGCUGUCUAUGACUACCUACGUGAGCAGCUGGUCAUUAUCAUGGGGCAACAGGUGCAACGCAUCGCUCAAACUUACAAAGACUGCUCCACCAAUUUUCAGAUUGGUAGAUUUGAACGGGACUACUGUAUUCUCCAGGAGGCGAAGAUUAUCGGCAUGACCACCACUGGUCUGAGCAAAUACAGAGGACUAGUCUCCAGUUUGAAUCCCCGAGUAAUCUUGAUUGAGGAGGCCGCAGAAGUACUCGAGGCCCCAGUUGCAGUCGCUUGCCUUCCAUCACUUCAGCAUCUGAUUCUUGUUGGUGAUCACCAGCAGCUUAAGGGUCAAUGUGCCGACUAUGAACUGUGCGGUCACCCUUUCUACCUCGACGUCUCCAUGUUUGAGCGUCUCAUGAUAAAUGAGAUGCCAUACGCCAUGCUUCAAGAGCAAAGACGAAUGGUACCAGAAAUCAGAAAGCUUGUGGCGCCCAUUUAUGGGGAUCUUCUUCGAGACCAUCCGUCUGUCGGAAACCACCCUUUGGUUCCUGGUAUGGGGGAUAAGAGAUCCUUCUUUUUCGACCACACCGCGCAUGAAAGCAACGACAGUCUGUUAUCCAAGGUGAAUGACUUCGAGGCAUCCAUGGUGGUUAACUUCCUUGCCUACCUUGUGAUGAACAAAGUCCCGGCACCCAGUAUCACUGUACUGACUUUCUACAAUGGCCAACGGAAAUUAAUCAUGCGAAAGAAGUCACAGAACCACAAUGUCUCCAAUUCAUACGUCAAUAUACUGACCGUCGACUCAUACCAAGGAGAAGAGAAUGAUAUUAUCAUUCUCUCGCUAGUUCGAUCCAAUGAUCAUCGAGGUAUCGGCUUUCUCGCACAGGACAACAGAGUGUGUGUUGCCUUGUCACGCGCUAAAUACGGUCUUUACAUAUUCGGCAACGCACAAUGUGUUAGCAAACACAGCAAUUUCUGGUAUUCAGUUACCAAUGUGAUGUCCGAAAAUCCAGGAGACCCCCGUAUUGGCCCAGCUCUGCCUCUGUAUUGCACAAGGCACAAUCAAGAAACCCUCAUUGAAACUCUCAAGGACUGGAACACUAUCACCGACGGUUGCAACAAGCCUUGUGGCAAGGAUUUGCCAUGUGGACAUCCAUGUCCUCGCAAAUGCCACGGUUCUGAACAUGACUGGGUGUCUUGCAAACAGCGCUGCCCUGAAAUUCGCGAGUGCUGUAACUCGCCUUGCAUUUGUGUGUGCUCUCCACCACACAUUCAUGAUUGCUUCUGCGGUAUGGGCAAGGACAAGAAAACCCAGGUCUUCGACGCUGGAUCCGACUGGGAUGAUUUUGAUGGCGACGACGAUGAUCGCGAGCCAAAAAUCGGUCCCAUCAGUCGGCCCCGAGCCCCAACCCGCACACCUACCUCCGGCGCAGACGACGAUGCAAUGCGGCGUGCCGAGGGUGUGCGCCGGUGGCAGGCGUUUGCGCAGGGUGGCGCCGUGUUAGAUGAUUAUCGUCGAGCUGGGAUCGUAAUCAGAGGGGAACGUCCUCAGAAAGAUGCCACGCCAGUUAAACAGAACGUGGUUGGUCCGGUCCAGGGAACCCUAAUCAACUUCGACGACGAUGAUGGCCAGGCCGAUGUUUUGGGGGCAGACGACGACCAGCCUGCUGCCUCAGCCAAAGGGUGGAUGGUUACAUAUGAUGGGGCUCGUGAUCGUUCGGCUAAAGCUCUGGUCCUCGGGGAACAUGGUCCGCGCCGAGUUGGAGCUGAGAGACCAAAGGAAUAUCUGCUUCCUGAACUAGCCAACGAUUACGAUCAUUUGCCCGGUGGUUGGAGCACUCCCAUGGAGGGGCAGCUGAUCGAGCUGUCCUAG